AUACCAUCACUUUGGUGAUGUAUUCUUGGACUGAUCUGUCCAGUGGUGCUGCAAAGACGUAUGCUUAUUCUGUCAAUUAUUUUGUUAAAGCGUAGCUGACUGUAGACUCCCCAUUUUCCUCCCAUUAUUUUCUCCCUGCAUGCCUUUCAUAAUCGUAUGCGCCUCCCGAAUCAAUCCAAGUCCCUCCCAGACAGAAGCUGCUGCUGUUCAGUAAGGCUCUCCUCGUCCUCGCGCAACUCUGGGAUAGGGAUAGGUUAAUCUCCAUCCUGUAGAUUUUAACUACAGCCUCGACAGGCGAACUUGGAUCACCUCAACACCGUACUAUUGUCGGGACUUUACUGCACGUCUCGUAAUGAGCGCGUCAACGUGAAAGACUUGCUCAACACCACAAAACCCACGUUACGCACGAGUCCAAGCCAUCACCGUUAUGCGUGAAUUAAACCCUCACCUGUGCAGGAUGAAGGUAACCUUUGGCUCUCUGGUGAUCACAGCCGGCAUCUGCGGCAUUCUGAGCUUCGCUUUUUUGGCGACUUCCCUCGGAACCGAAUAUUGGUACAUCAUAGAGAUGAAUCCUACGAAUACAAGCGACUUUGAGAACAUGAGCUCCCACUCGGGACUGUGGAGCAUCAACGAAGGUGGGAAGAUGACCACAGACACUAUUGACUCCUUCCCAGCUGACUCCUCCAAGUACACUGAGACUGAGCUGCUCAUGCUGAGCAUGCACAGUGCAAUAGUGGUGGUGCUUCCCUGCAGCCUGGUCCUGUUGCUGUUUGGUGGCAUCUGUGGAUUGGUCAGCUCCCUGGCUCGGAGCCCCGUCCUCCUCACCGGCACGGCCUCCUACUUCUUCAUCUGCAGUCUGCUGACGCUGUGUGGUGUGAGCCUCUACAUCAUCUACUCGGACAAGGCCCUGGCUGAGACGGCGAGGCAGGUGGGGGCGGAGGGUCUGGCCUAUAUUCACACCUCUUUCGGCUGGUCUCUGGGUCUGGCCUGGCUCUCCUACGGCCUGGAGCUCCUCACCAGCGUACUGCUCCUCGUGGCUGCGAGAAUGGCCAAGCUGCAGCAAAGCAGUCCCACCGUGGCCUGACACAAGCCUCUACACUGGAUCCGACCCAUUCAGAAGGGGUUGACAAUUGAACUGUACUGAACUGCGUGUGUUGCUGGCAUGUGAUUGUGCCUUAGAACAAGGUAACAAACAGUAGCUGGGCACUAUUAAGGCUUUCUCACAAAAUACAAAUGUUGAGCUACAGAUGUUUUGGCUAAUUGCGCCCUCUUGUGGUCAGAGUUGAAGUGGCUCCUUAUAUCCACUGUCAGCGCAUCUGACCAUGUUAUUGUCUACUGUAGAUAUUAAAUCUGUCCUAAACUAAACUGAGGAGCUCACAAUUUAAAAUCAUAUACGAUACGUUUGUAUUCUCACGUUAUAUUGUCUAUAUUUUUAAUCGUGCCAAUUCAUUUGAUGUAAGCUGUAUUUGUGUGUUUUUGAAUCUUUGAAACCUAAAAGUGAUGUAUUGUAUAUUUGAUGACAUGUUAGUUAGUUUUUCUAUUGAAAAUGUGCAAUGUGUUCCAGGUGACUGCAGCGAAAUGUUACACUACUGCAGCAACUUAUUGUCUGUAUUUUGAGCCCAUUGAUCUUACGAUUGAUUUCUCAGAGUACUAACUGUUCCCAUGUUCCUUCAGUACUAACACAGCAGUCUGUGUUUCAUAGUGUUUUUUUCUUUGUAACCACUUACUGGAACAGAUUUGUUUUUUAACAUGAAUUUGAUCAGAUGUUUCAGUUUCA